AUGAUGUUGUGUAGUUCUUGGCAAAGCAUUUCAACCCAACUGGGAACCAUCGCAGCUUUUUUGCCUGUUACGAGCAUCCUUUUUUGUUUGCAGAUGAGUUUGGUACAAACUUCUGCUUCUCCUAAGUGCGGACCAGGUCACAUCACCCUCGAAUCUCUUCUGGAUUCACCCGGCAUGACGCCAUCACCUCUUUCGGAAUCGAUCAACGAUGGGAAUAAUUGCGAGUAUACCGUUCAAGAUGGAAGAUUCUCAGAACUGCUUGCACGGGAUGUUAACCCAACGGAUUCGAAUGUGUACGGUCGAAGAUUAUUCAUGACGGAACUGCAGCGACAAGCCGUUUUGCGCGAGUUCUGUAUUGAACUACUGUUCGUUUUGAGGAACCAAGAUGUUAAUGGAUAUUUCCUAUCGUUCACUAUCGAAGCCCGUAGCCCGAAGGAGAGCUGUUCCCAUAUGGGAUUGCUUACUUUAGAGAAGCGCUUGCUCUCGAACGGUUAUCGCACACUCAACGAGUUCAAAAUUGACGUUUCUGCCUUGUUCAGUGGCGCCCUUCGUCACUAUCCUGUUGAUACGUUGGCCAAUAGCGAGGCUCAGCGUCUCCUGAACACAGCUUCAGAUUGGUUCGCGUCACUUCCAUUGGACUAUGUUGAUGCCCUCAACGUUGAACCUACUCGGCCACAACAAUCUCUGAAGCUUUCGGUCCCUGAUAGGUCUGCUCUCGACGAGUUCAGUAUGGAAACUGCUUUGGCGAUUCUCAAUCCAGAUAAUCAUGGCAUUGUUAACAGAAACGAGCGUAUCCGGCCAAUUGGGGAAGAGGUGGGAUCACUAAAGUCUGGUUCAUAUCUUUUACCCAAUGGUGGAUACCGUGAAGAUCGUCGCAACAAAGUCAUCCCCUACACCUAUCUGAACUAUGGUCCCUUCUAUUCGUUUGCGCCUCACUACGAUAGUGGUGCUUCUCAUUGUUCACCUGAGGCCAAUCAACUGGUACUGGGUACUUCUUGGCUCCCCGCACGUACUACCUAUCUAACUGUGGAACCCCAAUCGGGAACUGACUUGGAUACUUCCGAAGUUGAUGAUGAGGUUAGCAAGUCUAUCCGUUCGGACGCUGUGUGUUCUGCCCUUGCGAUAGGAGAUCAGCAGCUCGCCGUUUCCCUUGCUGUUGCCGAUAUGGAGCAACGGGCGACGAACCGAUUGGCGGCCGAAUUGGACGAAAUCUUACCAGGACCGGAAGUUUCUGAAGACUGUGUGUUCAGCAUGUGUCUUGCUAAUGCUUUUACCAUUGAUCUUCUGCGUGAUAGGAGAAAAUCGGAUGAGAAGAAUGAGACGAACAAACUAUGCACAUUGACAGAGGAGUGCAAAGCUUUGGUGGACUUGGACGAGUUAGAACAAGCCACCGCGGUUGAAGACGACCCAUCGAAGGCCAACGUGGAUGCGCUUAGUGAUUCAGCGAACGACAUUAUAGCAUUAUAUCGUACUCAAUAUCGUCGACUUGGAGAUAUCUCACAAACUGCAGCUAUGUCCGGAUCUACUCUUGUGCCGAGUCCGAUGGAAACGUCAAUCGCCCACCGGUUUGUGAACCGUAUGGUUAACAUGACUAAACGAGUUCGUCCACGGGAUAUCGUUCAUCCUUAUGCUGUUCGGCGUGCAAUGGGCAUGAAACCGGAAAUUGCCCCGUUGCCGGACGAUGAUAGCAAUAUUAAAGAACAUUUGGAGGCGUCAGAGUUGAUUUGUAUGCCUUAACUGUAGUUUCAUCCGGUCGAAUUAACUAUCCUGCUCUUUGUACAAAAUACCUUCAAUUUCUG